AAUACGCUGAUUGCGGUGCUCUUAGUGCCGAACUUAUCUGGAAAGAUAAAAUCAAUAUGGCAAUUCAAUUAUUUCAUGUUGUAUUGUCCAUACAUAAUGAAGGAAUUGCGCAUCAUGAUUUGCGUUUCAAUAUUAUGAUGUUAAUUCAAAAAAAUAUUAAAUUAGCAAAUCUUGGUUUGCAUCUCAAUAAGUAUGCAUUGGUGUACUAUUAUGGGAAAUAUCUAGUGGACAUUCCCCGUUUCAUCCUGAACCAAGAAAUGCAUUUACUUGGAGAAUUGUAGAGACAACUGUUCCUAAUAUACCUAAAGAUUAUGUAAAAAUUUAUACUGAAUCCACAAAUUCUUGUUAUACUGCAAAGGACAAUGUUGAUGAAAGGAGAUAUCUCGCGAACGAUUCUAUACCUGAACUACAACCUGGGAGAAAUGUCAAUUGAAAUUCACUCACAAUGCGGGCUCUGAGCA